AUGGCCGUUCAGCAGCAUGCACACCAACAGCAACAGCAACAACAACAACAGCAACAACAACAACAACAGCAAUUGCAUCAACAACAGCAACUCAAAUCCCAGCCGCACUCGCCAGCUUUCAAGUCAAACUCGACGCCAUCGCCACAGUUUGCACAUCAAUUUCCUCAGCACCACCUACUGCUGCAGCAGCAACUGCUCGAGCAAGAUGGGAGCAGCUCGCGAGCGUCGUCCGAGCUGAGCGCACGGCCGUCUUCGGAGAUUAGCUCGGCUCUGUCCUCUGAAAGCGCUCGCACUUCGCGAGAUCUCACGGGCACCUCGUUUGACGCGCUUGGUGGCAUGAUGUCCAAUCCCCAAAUGCCCGGAGGCACCCUUGACUUGUCUUCCAUGGACCUUUCGAGCGUCAUGAUGGCGGCGGCGGCUGCUGCAGCGGCCGCGACUGCACAGCAAUCCGGCGACAAUUUCAAUGCCAAUGGAGGCGCCACUGUGCUCGAUGGCUUGAACAUUUCCCACUUUUUGUCCGCACAAGUGGAUGGCCAGGGUUCGUUCCACUCGUGAAGGCUUGUCGUUUCCGCUUUGUUUUUUCCCCUUUGCUUCGGCCUUUGCUUCAGCAACCAACGAUGUCCUUCACUUGAGCGUUCUCCAUUGGCGCGAAGGGAGAGAACGGCAUACAACUUUCCUUUUUUUUUUUCUUGUUUUUUCUUUGCUUUUGUUUUUCUACCAUUUUCUUGUUUGUAUUCGUGCAUGCUUUCUUUGUUGUUGAUUUUCUUUGUGUGAUUGUACAUCUUGUCCGAGCUUUUUCCAAUAUCAAUUUGUUAGCCUGU